UCAUGCACUUGCAGAUAGAACUUGAGAAUAAUUCUAUCUUUAAAUCACAAUGAAUUUAUUUCAGCAUUACUAUGUGUUUGCCAUAAUUUUUUAUUUCGCCAACGGAACAAUUAAUCUCAAAGAUGGACCAGGAGUUUGCAAAAGUGAAGAUGGAACAAACCUUAAAUGUUGUACAAAUUAUCAACAAAAGUAUGACAUCUGCGAACCCUGUGAAGUAGGCACGUAUGGAGACAGGUGUACAGGAGGACCAUGUGUCUAUGGAUACUAUGGAUUUGGUUGUCAGAGUAAAUGUAACUGUACGUCCGACCAGUACUGUGACAGGAAAAUAGGAUGUUUUCAUAAUACUAAAAAAGGCCUAGAGGGUGCAGUGUCAGAGGACAACUCAAAUAAUAGUAUAGCCAUUACUACUGCAACAACGGCGGCAAUUCUCUGUGUAAUUUCUAUACUACUCGCUAUUGUCUUCCUUUAUAAUAAAAGAUUAAUAUUUAUUCGCCAGUAUUUGACAAUAAGCAAAUCGAAAUCAAUCUUUUAUGAAGGACGGGAUACAAACCGGCCUGAAAACGCUGAUUCAGUGAGAGCGCAAGGGGAUUACUCUCAAUGGACAAGGAACUCAAACAAUUACAACAUGCUUAGCACCAGGAGAUUUAAUGUAGAUUCCAAAGUAAACGCAUUAGACGAGGAAGACGUCUACGAUCAUGCUGACGAAGGAAUAUUCAGCCGCCAUAGUACGCCUCAGGACAAGUACGAUACCAUAGUUCUCAGCAAGAACCCUGUGAUGGCUGCAAUUGAUUGCAAUAAGAAAAAUAGUCAUAAUAAAAGGAACGAUGUUACGGAUAACACAAGUGGUAUAUCAAGAGAAUGCUAUUCACUUGCUUUCAAUCCGGACAAUUCAUCAGAAUCUGCAAUGGAGAAUACGAAAUGCACUUGA